UGAUAGAGCCUCGACGGCCGCCAUUUUCUUCCUUUCUUAGCAGUUAGCUGGAAGGAGAUCUCUGUGUAGCGGCGGCGGCUCCCGUAGUACAGCCAUGGCUGACUAUUCAACAGUGCCUCCUCCUUCCUCUGGCUCCGCUGGUGGUGGUGGCGGUGGCGGCGGCGGUGGAGGAGUUAACGAUGCUUUCAAAGAUGCGCUACAGAGAGCCCGGCAGAUUGCAGCAAAAAUUGGGGGUGAUGCUGGUACAUCAUUGAAUUCAAAUGACUAUGGUUAUGGGGGACAAAAAAGGCCUUUAGAAGAUGGAGAUGGCUCUUGGACAAGUCCGAGCAGUACAACACACUGGGAGGGAAUGCCCUCUCCUUUUAAAGAUCAACCAGAUGCUAAGAAGGUUGCUCCUCAAAAUGACUCUUUUGGAUCACAGUUACCACCAAUGCACCAGCAGCAGAGCAGAUCUGUGAUGACAGAAGAGUACAAAGUUCCAGAUGGAAUGGUUGGCUUUAUAAUUGGCAGAGGAGGUGAACAGAUCUCACGCAUUCAACAGGAAUCUGGAUGCAAAAUACAGAUCGCUCCUGACAGUGGUGGCCUUCCAGAACGGUCUUGCAUGUUAACUGGAACACCUGAAUCUGUCCAAUCAGCAAAACGGUUACUGGACCAGAUUGUUGAAAAGGGCAGACCAGCCCCUGGCUUUCAUCAUGGUGAUGGACCUGGAAAUGCAGUUCAAGAAAUCAUGAUUCCAGCUAGCAAGGCAGGAUUAGUUAUUGGAAAGGGGGGAGAGACUAUUAAACAACUGCAGGAACGGGCUGGAGUUAAAAUGGUUAUGAUUCAAGAUGGGCCUCAGAACACUGGUGCUGACAAACCUCUUAGGAUUACAGGAGACCCAUACAAAGUUCAACAAGCCAAGGAAAUGGUGUUAGAGUUAAUUCGUGAUCAAGGUGGUUUCAGAGAAGUUCGAAAUGAGUAUGGGUCAAGAAUAGGAGGAAAUGAAGGGAUAGAUGUCCCCAUUCCGAGAUUUGCUGUCGGCAUUGUAAUAGGAAGAAAUGGAGAGAUGAUCAAAAAAAUACAAAAUGAUGCUGGUGUUCGGAUUCAGUUUAAGCCAGAUGAUGGAACAACACCUGAUAGAAUAGCACAAAUAACUGGACCUCCAGAUCGAUGUCAACAUGCUGCAGAAAUUAUCACAGACCUUCUUCGAAGUGUUCAGGCUGGUAAUCCUGGUGGACCUGGACCUGGUGGUCGAGGAAGAGGUAGAGGUCAAGGCAGCUGGAACAUGGGACCACCGGGUGGACUACAGGAAUUUAAUUUCAUUGUGCCAACUGGGAAGACCGGAUUAAUAAUAGGAAAAGGAGGUGAGACCAUAAAAAGCAUAAGCCAACAGUCUGGUGCCAGAAUAGAACUUCAGAGAAAUCCUCCACCUAACGCAGAUCCUAACAUGAAGUUAUUUACAAUUCGUGGUACUCCACAGCAAAUAGACUAUGCUCGGCAACUCAUAGAGGAAAAGAUUGGUGGCCCAGUAAAUCCUUUAGGGCCACCUGUACCCCAUGGGCCCCAUGGUGUCCCGGGCCCCCAUGGGCCUCCUGGGCCUCCAGGGCCUGGCACUCCAAUGGGACCUUAUAAUCCUGCACCUUACAAUCCAGGACCACCUGGCCCAGCUCCUCAUGGUCCUCCAGCCCCAUAUGCUCCCCAAGGAUGGGGGAAUGCAUAUCCGCAUUGGCAGCAGCAGGCUCCUCCUGAUCCAGCCAAGGCAGGAACGGAUCCAAAUUCAGCAGCGUGGGCUGCUUAUUAUGCUCACUAUUAUCAACAACAAGCACAGCCACCACCUGCAGCUCCUACAGGCGCACCAACUGCAACCCAGACGAAUGGACAAGGUAACUAUGGAGAUCAACAGAAUCCAGCUCCAGCUGGACAGGUUGAUUAUACCAAGGCCUGGGAAGAAUACUACAAGAAAAUGGGUCAAGCAGUUCCUGCUCCUGCCGGUGCACCCCCCGGUGGCCAGCCUGAUUACAGCGCAGCCUGGGCUGAGUACUAUAGACAGCAGGCUGCCUACUAUGCUCAAACAAGUCCACAGGGCAUGCCGCAGCACCCACCAGCACCUCAGUGCCUUCCCAGACCUUCCACCUUAGGUUCUGCUGCAAAAAGCAACAGUGCUGAAGAUGCUGCAAGCACCAAAUCAUAGCUCAUAAAAUCAGGUCCUGAGAUAGUUACCCAUAAAGAGGAAUCCUUUGAGUGUAUGCCAUUGGUGAUCCGAUGAGCAUGGACCAUAGAGGGCUCAUGUAGAAGGUAAAAUUGGCAAGUCAUCAUUGAGAAAUAUGAAAUGUAUUCCCAUACAUAAUAUGGUAUAGGGUGUGAUGUACCUGCUUUUGAUCACUUUUCCUUUUAAAGUGCUAUUCAGUUGAAUUUUAAUGUUCCAUGAACUGUUAAAUUUCUUAAGAUAUAGUUACUGCACCACAUUUAUAUGUUUUGUGUGUUUUGAUGAUCAAUGCUAGGUAUGUUAAAAUUGGCAGUACUAAAAGGGCUCUUUGAACCUUAAGAGCCUGUGGAGUUCUGAUUAGUUGUAGUUUGCAUUUUUAUGAAAGAAUAUAGAUAAAUGCUAAUAGGUAUUUGGGCACUAUUUAUAUCUCCUGAGAUUUUUUUAGUUUGUUACCUUCACUGGUACUAC